AUGUGUGUAUUUGAAAUGUAAAAAGAAUUUUUGAAGUUAAGGAUUGCAAUAAAAUUACUAUUAACGCCUGAAUAAUACUCUGCAAUUUAAAUGUGUGGAUGUGAUUUGGAUGAUGCAGAGCAAACCCUUGAUAUUGAAUUAAAAGAAUAAAAGAUAUAAAAAGAACCUAUAAAAAACGAGUUACAAGCCUCUAGCCUUAGUAUUUCAGAUAUUCAAAAUCCAAUAAAUAGUUCUGAUAACUAAGCAGGACUGUUUAGAGAAAUUUUUCAAUGA